AUGGGCUCGCGCAUCGACCUCCGCGGCGUCUGGGAGCGGGUCGGCGGCGAGGCCGAGGGAGGCAGCCCCCAAGACCUCUACGCCGUCGUCCUCCUGCGCCCGUGCCUGUGGGGAGUCACCCGGAGGCGGCAGAGAGGCCACGGCCAGCUCGAGAAGAGCUUCACCAUCAGCUACGACCGGACAGACGGCGUGCACUACUGGGGCAUCAAGAAGGCCUACUUCUUCGACCCCGUGAGGGACGUCACGGCGGACCAGCGGGUGCACUGGCACGAGGCCGGCAGCACCCGCGCCAGGCCCGCCUUCACAUGGCUGCGGCGGCCCGGGGAGGCGCCUCGCUCCUCCAUCUCGAGCUGGGGCGCCGGCGAGCCAGAGUGGGGCGCCACUGGCCAGGGAUGGCGCUCGCCGUCUACGUGGAGUUGGGAGCACCCUGGGCGCGACGAGAAGCAGGUCGCACCCGAGUCCGACGGCGUGGAGUGGCAGGGCGGCUGGAAGGGGCCAUCGCCCUCGAGGGGCCGGCAGAGCGCCUGGUGGGAUUGGCAGCAGCCCGCCCCGGAGGCGCACGGCGGCGGGCGGUGGGCAGGCGCGGAGUGGCAGCAGCCCGCUGCGCAGCCGGAGGAGCACAAGCAUCGCGUGCCGCGGCGGCCGCCCCACUCGGGGGAGUGGGGGCGCUCUCCCGGCGGCGCGCGGGCGCAGUCGGCCCUGGAGGACCCCGAGCCAGAGCCGAGCACGGGCCCAGAGCACCGGACUGGCUCCCAGUGCGGCCUGGUUCUGCCCGCGGCGGCCGCGCCAGACCGCCGUCUCGAGCCGUUCCUGGCGGACAAGCUGUGGACCAGCGGGCGCUUCGGCCUUCUCGAGGUCUCUGGCGGGGGCAGCCCGGACUGCCUGCACGUCCAGGUGACCGCAGCCUGGGGCUUGCGGCUGCGAGGCACCAGCCUGACGCUGGAGCUGCCCGGUCUGUGCCUGAGGCUGGUCGGCAAGGCGAGCGAUCCGGGCAGCCACGCGGUCUGGCACAGCGUGCCAGCCGAGGUGGGUGCGCCCAGCUUCAAGGACGCAUGGUCUCGGGUGGGUGUCGUCGAGACGCCCAUCCCUGUGGGGGCAACCCGGGAGGAGCAGAUCCUUCGCCCUUUCAUCGUGGGCAGCACCUGGAGGAGCCAGGUCUUCGGCGACCUGGCUGUCUCGGGGGAGCCAGCCGCCGGUGCUCUGGCCGUGCAGCUCGUGGAGCCCUGGGAGCUCCGCGCGUGGGGCGGCAGCGUGGCGCUGGAGACCCCGGGCGGCCUCCGCUGGCAGCUUGCAACGAGCCGGAGCGGCGCUGAAGAGUGCCGCGCGGUGUGGACGAGAUUGGGCGCAGCCGCAGGCGCCGUCGAUCCCCUGGAGGACCGCUGGUGCCGCGGGGGCCCCGGGGCCAAGGUGGCGACAGGAGGCGGCGCUGCUGGCCACGGGAGCCCCUCUGGGGGCGCGGCGAGAGGCGGCCUGGGCGCUGCCGAAGAGGUCGCCAGGGCCGCGCUGGAAGGCGGCCAGGCGGCCCUGGACGGCGGCAACGCUGCGGAGGCGAUACGGCUCUUCAGCGAGGCCGUGAGGGGCGCCACGGAAGCUUCCCAGCAGGGUUUCCAGUGGCAGCACCAGCUGGAGGGCGUGUCGCUGUUGGCGUACGCCCUGCGCGCUCGCUCGGAGGCGGCCCUAGUGUGUGGCCGGCACGAUGAUGCCCACGUGGAUGCGGAGGCGGCGUGCAGGCUCGCCCCGAGCUGCCUGAAGACGCGCCACGCGCUGGCCCUCACGAGCAUCGCCACCAGCCAUCUCGAAGGUGCCGUCGAGGCUUACAGAGAGGCGCUCCGGCUCCAGCCGGAGCCUCCUCUGGCCGACCUCCUGUGCGAUGAGCUGCGGCAGGCCAUGCAGUUUUUGCUGGGCUCGCGCCUGGUUGACAGUUGUCGUUUCACACUUGAGGCGUUCAGCUUCAGCGCGAAAGAUGUGUGGAACCUUGCUGACGGCUGCCAGGAGCGCCAGUUCGCGCUGCUGCACCAGGCCUCUUCUUGGAGGCCGGGGCUGCAAAUCCCGUACCUGCUGACGCUGCCGAGAGACGUCUGCGCACGGGAGCCAACGGGAGAGCAGAAGUCGUACCCUCUCAUUGUCUAUCUGCAUGGUGGGGCCUCCGCAGACAUCUGCAAGGGCGACGUCAUGCGCAGGCAGCUGGAGUUUAUAGUCGAGAGCAGCCCCUUCGGCAGGCUGGUGGAACGGCACGGCGGACUUCCUGGGCUGCUUGGAUCGUUCAUCAGCCUGGCACCCUGUUGUCCUCCAAACGUCCAGGCGCUAGGCGGUCAGCAGUGCAAGGCGGACGGCAGACGGAAGGUAUAUUGGUUCAAGACCUGCGAGACGUCGGCCUACAACGGCUGGACGUUCUCUGGCGCGCGGCGCUGCAGGGAGGUGGAGCUGCUGGUGACAGAGCUGCUGGAUGAUAUCUGUCGAGACUUGCCGGUAGACCUUGGCCGGAUAUACCUCGUCGGGGCCUCCGCCGGGGGGUAUGGCGUGUUGCGCCUGGCAGAGCUGCUGCCAGGUUUGGCGGCGGCCGUGGUGCCCAUGUGCGGCUACUACCCGUCCAUCCCCGAGCACGACCACGACCUGCGCGUACUCGCGGAGCGGCUCCGCGGCGGCCCCGCGGUGCUGCCGAUGCACUGCAAGCAGGACAAGGUGUGCCAGCCGCACAUGCCGUGCAUCAGUGACACGUAUCGCAUGCUCGAGCAGUGUUGCGGUGCGCAGGUUCGCUGGGUCAGCUCGGUGGGGCCCGACUACCACAAGCUGGACCACGAGAUCGCGCGGAGGCGGCUGCGCGAGCAGCUGCCGGCGGCGCCGCCGGCAUGA